AUGGAUGAAAACCCAAAAGAAAAUAGAGUUAGUUUUAAUGAGAGACUACAAGAUAUGAUAAGACAUCUAUCAAAAACUAAAAUCGAUUUUUCAAAUGAAAGGGAUGAGUGUAGAAAACUACGUGAAAUAAACAUAAAAUUAGAAAGCGAUUUAAAAGAAACACGAGAAUUAGAAAAAUCGCACCGUUAUCAUUUAAUUACAUCGCGUGAAAUGAUAGCCAAUUUGCAGGAGACCGUGUCACAGUUGGUUUAUCUUAGACGCGAUGUAAAAAAAUUAAAAGAGGAAAUAGUCUCAAAAGAUUCUAUUAUUUCGUCUUUGGAAAAAGAAAAGAAUAGUAUUAUAAGAAAGCAUGACGAUGUAAUAAUCGAAUUACGAGAUGCACACGAAAAGCGAAUUAACGAAAUAAUCAAUGAAAAUGAACAAAAAGUUCAACAAAUGCAAUUGGAUUCUGACACACAAUUGGCUCAGAUAACAUGCGUGAUUGAAGAGCUGCGGAGUAGAAUCAGAGACAUGGAAACCGAACAAAGAGAUAAAAUGAACGUAGUUGUAUUAGAAUAUGAAGAAAAAAUUCAACGCAGCGCCUCGCAGGUUGCUCAGUUGCAGGAACAAUUGACACGGCAAGCCGCAAGAGCGGAUGCCAAUAUCGAUGCCUAUCGCCGGAAAUUGGAAGAAGUCGAAGAGAAACUUAAACAGAGCCAAUUCAAAAAAUACUUGGCACAAAGUACAUGUCCGUCUCAGUAUGAAAGCAUAGUUGAACGACCGUACUCAGUAGAACGGGAUGUUUAUCCUAAUUCACCUUGCACCGCAGACUUUAACUCUGUAACUGACAGUCCAAAAUCCUACAUUCCUUCCCGUCAGAAUAAAACUUUGAAACAAAGCACUCUCCAAGUAAUGUAUUGCGAUGAAAAAGCAUCAAAAUCUAACGAAAAGAAAGGUCAAUUUAACAUCACGAAGAAGAGGAAACUAUACAACGAAAAAGACUAUUUGAAUACUUAA